AUGUCGAAUAAACAGCGGCCUACGUUGCCUCCAAAACGGACAAUUAAUACGAAGCUAUCAACCCCAGUUCACAUCUCUCCUCCAGUAAGUUCUGAAUACUCUCGUUUGACGCCGCAACGGCAUAGUCCUCCUGGGUUUGGAAAUCAUCGAAUAUCAUCAGCCCAGGAACUAUUCCAGCGAAAAAAUAAUGCACAAAAAAUAGAUCACCCAUUAGGUUGGCUACUCAAGAAUCGUCAUGUGGAUGCAAAUUCUCAUAUUCCUCAACGGACGACAAAAACAUCGCAAAAGCUAGUACUUCUGCCUGAAGAUCAUGCUGUCAAUUCAUUUGAAGAAGAUCCCAGUGUUUAUGAAGAUAUGGUGCCGCUGAGUUCGUAUAACAUGAUUAAGUCGGAAAACCUUUCAAAGGACAAAAGAGAGGAAUUGGGAUUUCCAAGAGCCACAGCUUAUUCUAUAUGCGACGCCUUUCAAUUACCAAAGGUGAAACAUUUUUUGAGAACGUAUCACAAGGUUAGACCGAGAAAAUACGAUGAAACUUUGUACGCUGUUUACCAUUUACCAUUAGUGUAUGGUAGAUCAGACUCCUGCCGAAUUGCCAGUGGCCCUCCACCGUCAACGGAGCAAGAAGAUUCUCCUUCUACCUCUUCCGAUCAAUCACAACAACAAUUGAAUGAGGAAUCCACCUCCAGCACUUCUCCGUCUGCAAGUUCAAUUGCUCAAAUGUACCGCAUUUCAGAAAUUUUUGUUUAUUCUUAUGGUGUCAUAGUGUUUUGGAAUUUCACUCUAGGUCAGGAAAAAGACAUUUUAGCAGAUUUAACAUUUGCAGGGGGUGAGAACUCAUUGAUGAUAAAACCUUUGGCUGAGGAGGAAUGCGAGGUCGAAGAUUUACAUUUUCAUUACGCUCCGCAUACCAAACGGCCUCGUAUUUAUAACGAUAUGAUUCAUAUUCCCUCUGCUGAUAUCAAAAUGAAACUAGUAAUGUCUCAUGCUCUUGCACAAUCCGUCAAGCUUUCUAGGUUUGAACUUCGGACAGACGUGACAAUGAAUUCGGCCCUAGUUUUCCCAAAAAAACUUGCUUUAUAUGGCCAUCUGGGCCUCUCUAGGGCCGAGGUUAUUCGAAUGAGUGGGCAUUUAUUUCAGUUACGUGUAGAUGUAAAUCUAAUCAGUAAUGUCUUGGAUACACCGGAAUUUUUAUGGGAUUCAGAACCUUUGCUACUUCCUUUGUACACAGCAUUUCGACAAUAUUUAGAAAUUGGGCCUCGGACGAAUGUUUUAAACAAGCGUUGUAAGGUUAUAUUCGACAUGCUUGAUAUUUUUGGGAAAUCAAGUGCAGACAGAAAAAUGAAUUCCAUAACAUGGAUUAUCAUUAUUCUAAUUACUUUGUUCAUGAUUGUUUUUAUGUUUGAGGUUAUUCUUCGUUUAAAGUUAGCAAAAAGCUAA